AUGGCUUCUGCAGACGAAGACAAUUUCGAUAUUGACAUCUACGGCGACGGUGAAGUUGACAUGGAUAAUGAUGGGAACGGGGAUUACAAGCAGGAGGACGAGGAUAUCCAGUUGCACACAGAGGCCGAAGAAAUGCCAGUUGCGGAAGAGACGCACGCGAAUCCCGAACCCGAGGACCAGCAGCCAAUUUCGAGCGCCACUACUUCUUGGGCUAAAGAGAAGUCCGGAGAUGUGCAAUCUAACAAUCCCGAUGCCGUUCUCGCUAAACCCAUCCCACAACAAGGUACCAAACGAAAAGAGACCUCAGAUGAGAGGCCUAUUGACCACGGGGCCACCAACGCUCUGAUGAUCUCAGACUUGCAUUGGUGGACCACGGAGGACGAUAUUCGCGGCUGGAUUAACGAGGCAGGGGCUGAAGACGAACUGAAGGACCUGACCUUCAGUGAACACAAGGUCAAUGGCAAGAGCAAAGGCCAAGUAUAUCUCGAAUUUUCUUCUCCCCAAGCAGCAACGGCGACGAAGCACAAGAUGGACUCCCUGGCUGGCAGUCAGCCUGGCUCGCGCAAGCACUCGGUCGUCUACACCAAUGCCACUCAGAAUCCUUUCAAAACCCUCCCAAAAGAUGCACCUGCUCGUGUCAGGGAAGACAGGCCUGUUCGCGGCGGGUCAUUCAAUUCUGGGCCGCGGUCUGAUACCAAUUACGGGAUGAACAACCAAGGCUUUCGAGGUGGCCGAGGUGGCAGCUUCAACCGUGGAGGUUAUAACUCGCACAACCAAUACAACCGCAAUUUCUCGGGUCCGAUGGGUGGCUACAACAACAACCAGAACAUGGGCUUUCAAGGAAAUAUGGGGAUGGGUGGUAGUUACGGCGGCUUCAACAACAGAGGAGGGAUGAUGGGCAACCCAAUGCGAGGCAACAUGGGCGGCAUGCGCGGAGGCCGUGGAGGUAUGAACAACAUGAUGCCCAUGGCCGGCGGGAUGGGCAUGGGUACUAUGGGCAUGAAUCCCAUGAUGGCUGGGAUGGGUAUGGGAGGCUUUCAAGGAAACCAAUUCAAUCCGGGAAUGUUCAACGCUGGUCCAGGUCCGAAUUUUGGUGGCAGCGAUUGGAAUCAACACGGAGCAAAACGUCAACGACAGGAGUAG